GAGAGGAAGCGCUCGUUUAGGAGUGACCACUUACUGGAAAAUCAAAAAGAAGAACUUUCAUACUCUAGCCCAACAACGAAGGCCUUUCGAAUAGAUUACGUCUUAGACAAGCUAGAAAUACGAUAUAUAUUCUUAUUCAAGUGUAGAAUAUGAUAUCAGAUUGAAUCGCAUACGCCUGAUCACACGACCCUUUCUAUUGAUCUUUCUACUAAGCGUCACCUUUCAGUAGUCAAUUUUUCUCUUGAUUGGUUGCCUGCACAUGACAACAUUGUGAGGUCCAUCCAACGAAGGCAGGAGCCGCACUUUUGGGAUGCCAUGUGUUGUUCCCCAGAGAGAUCGGCGACCAUGUUCUCUCCUGUAUCUCCUCCUUGUAACCCGAAGACCCAGUGUGGACCAUCUUAGUGGAGAAGAAAGCGAUCUACUCCUGGACGGCCUCGUUACACACGAGGAAACCUUAUCCGUGCAUCGAACUCAAAUUUUGGCUUGGCCCGAUAAUGGCAUGGCUCCAUCAAAAAAGUGUCGGAUGAUGCUCUCUGUCUUUGUCUCUUCGCUAUGUCUUCAAAUGAAUGAAGUGUAUCAUUCAUGCCAAACCACUUGGAGUGAGUUCCCUUUUCUCUGAGCUGAAAUUGUGGCGGAUGUGACCCGACUAUUUGGACACUCUUUAACCUUUGGCAUCCGUUAAUUGCAAUUGAGCAAGACUGAGCAGUUAUAUACUCAAGCGACACAUGCUUUGAGGUGAAAGUUCUCCGAGUAGUUUCAUCCUAAAGAGAUUAGCCUAUACAUUUUCUCGAAAUGGGCAGUUUUCUUCACCAAAACACUGAUAUAAUGGAAGAAGAUUUCGUAUCGUCCGAGUGUUCUCUCAUGUCCACCCGAAAUGAAAAUGAACGUGGAACAGUGUUCCUGGCCCCAGCCAUGGUUUUAACUGCGUUCUAAAUUGUUUUGGGGCUCUCUUCCCAGGUCAAACAUUCUAUCAAAGUGAUCUUUCUCAUCGAGUUUUGAUGUCCGCGCCCAACUGAUGACAUUUCCGUGGAAAAUGAAUGUCUCUCAUUCUGACAUUGACAGUUCAGAAAAUGAGGUGUUUCCUUCUGGUUUAACCCAUUUGCCCCUGCUAAGCUUUUUGAGUGAUGGUCAACCAGAUUCAUCGCGUCGAAUGUGCAACGGAUGUGAAAGACCCUUGCGAGUUUGCUGGUGUGGCUACUUGCCUCGACCUCUGGUCAAGAUCCAAUCAUCAGUAAUCAUCCUCCAACAUCCUAAUGAGCGGAAACGAGGCAUCAAAACUGCUCUUAUGGCUUCCAAGGGCAUCGCGCAGGAUCGUUGUCGAAUUUUUCGAGGCCGGAAGUUUCCUGGACAACACGGAGACCUUCAAGAUCUUUUUCAAAGGCUAGCCAUCGAGGCUACUGAUGUUCAUCGCCAAUCCAAGGUGUUAAUCUUGUAUCCAGGAAAAGAGGCAUUACCGUUAUCGGAUUUGAAGCCAGGCCAAGGUCCCUACACGUUCAUAGUAUUGGACGGAACUUGGGAUGAGGCCAAGAAGUUGUUCGCGUGGAAUCCGGCCUUGCAAAAGUUACCUCAAGUCAGCCUGCAAAUUGAAAGGCCUAGUGCUUAUGUCGUUCGAACUCAACCUGCCGAUUUGUGCUUGUCCACCCUUGAAACGGUGGCCGAAACUCUGGCCACGGUUGAAGCCGAUCCAAGCAUUCGAGAUCGACUCCUCCAACCUCUCCAUGCCAUGUGUAAUUUUCAAAUCAAUCAUGGAGCUGUGAUCCACGAUAGCAAAGAGUUUAAAGAGCAAAAUAGGCAGUUUGUGAAAGAAAAUAAUUGGAAGAAGAAAAAAGUGCUAUAAAAUUCCAAGAUUCGUUCUUUACUAACAAGUUUGUUACUUGGUUUGUUUCAGA